CACACGUUGGUUGUCAAGCUAUACAAAACUCAUAUAUACUUACUGUAAAAUCGAAAUAAUAAACUAAUCCAUAAUAGCAGUUUAUAGCGCACAACACACACAAACAUAAUUCUAUUUAGUAUGGGCAAACUACCUCUUCCGGUUAUUGUUUUUGACAAGCAGGGUGUAUUUUCUCAAGGCGACUUCGUGUCAGGAAAGGUGAAACUGAAGUUGGACAAUGAGGGAUUACAAAACAUUAAAGGUGUCUGGGUUUUAAUCACUUGUAAGGCAAAGGCUGAAUUCGGUACAGGAACGGCCACGGACGAUCAUGAACAGGAAGACGUGCACAUCAACUCCAUUCUUACUGUAUUCGGAGCAGGAAAACGUGCACCGGCCAAACCGGAUUUGAGCCUACCUCCAGGAAACCACUCUUUCCCGUUCAAGUUCCGCCUGCCAACUGACAAAGUUCUCCCGUCCCCCUUCGAGGGCGCGUAUGGCCACGUCCGCUACAGGGCAAAGGCGACUUUGUCAAUUGAAAGGAUGAUUUUUAACAAGGAGAGCCACACCGAGAGGGCUUUCACCGUACGUGGACCGAGGGUGGACCUGAACCGCUUACCCAAGUUAAAUUUAAAGGUUCCAGUGAGCCGCUGCUGCGAAGUUCGUAACCUCUUCGGGCUCGGCACUAAGAAAGGAGCGACUGUCGAUUUCGGCCUCACCAAGCGAGGGUUUAUUCCCGGCGAAAAUAUCAUCGUCACCGGUUGCGUGGACAAUAUCAGCGGAGAAGAGCAGAGGGUCAUUAAAGUUGCACUUGUUCAGGAGACUACUUACACCGUCGAAGAAUUUUUGGUUAAUGCCACGGAGGAGCACAAGAAGAUAUUAUGCCGGUCCUCCCGAAACAUCUCGUGUCCAAAGGGGAAGGUGGCCAAAUUCAGCAUGAACUCCCUUCGGAUACCUAUCGGCUGUCCUUCAUCUGGCCUACCCGGCUGCAAGCUAAUAGACGUCCAGUAUUACGUCGAGUGCAAUACAUCAGGUUGCAUCGAGACAUCAUUCCGGUUAACUGUCGGGACAGUGCCUAUCCGUUCUGUCUCUGGACCGGUACCUUCAGUACCGACCGCCGAAGAGGCUACGGCAUGCACCCAGCCAUCAGCGGCACACCCGAUGGACAAAGCCAAGAUGGCUGCACCGGCCCCAGCGUGCCAGGCACGGCCCUUAAGAAAUGGUUCUGUUUCUCGUGUCGAUGACGCCCCGCCGUCCUACGAGCAGGCAAUAGCCAGCGGAACCACCAAAGAAAACUUUGAAGGAUUGUGACGUGCAACAUCGUUUCAUGAUUCCUUUAAAUAGACCACAGUUGUGGGCGAAUGAGGGCGCUGUAAGAAUGUCAUUUGUACGUACAAACAGUCGAUAUAGAACAUGUUAUCAAAGCAUUGAAGUAAAGUUACCUCAAUCUAGGAAUUACAGGUUGUACAAAUUAUUUUGUUUUCUUUAAUAACCUCACCUUUAUGGCUGUGUUUACCCCCCCCAAAAAAAAAAAA